AUGAGUCUUUUGUGUGGGUCUUUAGAGGGAGCCGGCUCAUUGCUUGCUUCCGCAUUUCAAGAUUCAUCUCUUUCGGCAAGAUUUCCUUUACUGAACGAAGUCAUUGCAAUUCUGGAUAACAAAGACAUUGAAGUGAGCGAUGAACAAGAAAGAGAGAUCUUAUUGGGUCUCGUCGAUAGCUUCAUGUAUAUCAGGGAAAGGAAAUCUAGUGACCUGACUAUCGUGAUAUUUGGAAAGCUGCUCGAGCGCAAUCCUCAGUUAUCCGGUCCUUUACUCAAAUUCAUCAAUAACACCGUCGUUAAGAAACCAGGCAUGCGUGCACUUGCGGAUUAUAUGAAUCUUAUGGACUGGAUUAAUGCCCUUCUUAAGGUUUGCGCUCAGCAGCCAUUACAGUUUGAGGCAGAAUCGGUGCAAUUGUUACAAUUGCUCUGUUUUACCGCCCAUGACAUUGAACUUGCCCUUGACGGACAUGAACAAAAUAAAAGUUCAAAAGCUCAGCAGAAUCAGCACCGGAGAAGAAUACGUCAAAGUGUGUUGCAAUCGAUGACCAAGACACUCACCUUUUUGCUGAGAACCAGCACGUCGACCAACUUUUCGGUCGAGUUUGUGCAAAGCAGCACCCUUCUACAGGCUUCGGCGGCCAAAAUUCCUGCUGGUGGAGUUAUAGCACUAAUGGGAGCUUUAACAAAGGCAGCUACUCAGCUAUUGCAGUCGCAACCUAUGCAUCAUGCCGCUUUGGCCGAAAAGCUAACGGGUCCAUUCUGCGAAUAUGUGGGUAAAGACGCAAUUUUGAGCAAAGAGGGGGUAUCACCAUUUAGCAUUGAGGUCUUUUUUCCCCCAUUUGCGUGUGAAUUUGUUACCACGGAGCAUUUUAGGAAUUACAUUCUCCCAAGUUUGGAAAAGUGUAUUCUGAGAACCUCUGAGACUGGAUUUACAAUUGCAAAUGAACUUUAUCGCAGUGUCUGUCCACAAAAGGUUGAUCUUGCUUCCAUAUUUGUCGAAUCCAAAUUAAUGACCCAAUCGUUUACUGCUCUCAAGAGUAACAAAGAAACAGUAAGAUCUGCUGCAUUGACUUCAAUGAUUAGCCUUUUAAGUUGCAUUCCCGAAACUUCGUUGUCUGCUGUGAACCUCCAAAAGUUUUUGGCGGAAUUGUUUAAGAAUUUGAAGACCAAUCUGAACACUGACUACAAAAUAGCGGCUGCCGCUUUAAUACUAGCUAUUCCUUCCUUGUCUGGUGCUAUAUCAUCUGAAGUCAUGAAAGGUUUUGCGUCGUACGUUGGAAAAGAAUCCAACGAACUCACGCUGGCACCUAUGCUUAAAGCUUAUUUCAAGCACUUUUCAUGUAUUGAACCCCAUUCUGAGUCUUCGCUAGCUAUGAUCAAAGCGGGUCUUAAUGAUAAAAAGCAAGUUGUUAGAAAAAUAUGGAUGUCUUCGUUUCUAGACGUUAUCGAUGAGAAGUCUGUGGAGGCGUUGGGUGAUCUUUCGGAAGAGAUCCUUUUUUUUAUGAAAGACAUCCUGACCUCUCCUUUCAAGUUUUCGGCUCGCAACGUCUUGAGCUGCUUCACGUCCAUUGAUCGCAUAACAUCCAUGCGAGCAAGUGAUCUAGCUGCCAAAGUCACAACCCUGCUAGUCGAGGUCAAUCGGUCAUCCCAUUCUAUGGGUUAUGCGUGGCUCAUGGCUACCACGUCGAUUGAAUUGAACGCUCAGGAGCGGGCUUCCGGGUUAGCUUUAUUUUCAAAAGCUUAUCGAACCUACACCGACGUAGUCGGCUUUGAUAUAGUAAGAGCACUUGAGGAGGAAACAAAGCAAGGGUUUUCUUCAACUCGUGGUGGUAUCACUCCUCGCUACUUUACGCCUUUGUUCACCACAUUAGGUCAGCAGCUCAAAGAUCACGAAACUUCUGAAAAAGUACUAAUCGAGUUACUGGUCAUUUUACAAUACCCCAAAAUGAAAUUAAGGAAUGGAUGGGCGGGUUUAGUUUUACAAGCCAAACAGGAUCCUGAUCGCUUGGUUGCCAAAUAUGCCAAAGACAUUCUCACGAAGUUCAAGAAGUUGACUGACGAAGAUCCUAUUUGUACUUCCCCAUUAGGGCUUGCGGCCGUCAAAUCAGUAUCUUAUGCUGCAUUUAUAAAUUUUUCAGCAAUUGCUCCAUUAAUCGAGAAGUUGAUAGAGGAGGAACUGUGCGUUUCCCGACUAGAGGGCAUUGACUCUGAGCAACUGUCAAUCUGGAAUGGUGUUGAAGGCGAACUUGUCAUUGAUGUCUUGGCAAAGAAAAACAAAUCCGUGGACAACAAGAAUACAAGAGACUACGAAACUUUGAAGUGGGAGGAAGCCAUCAGAGAGAAGCAGGCUAAGAAGAAUGCAGUGAAAUACACCAAAGAAGAGAAAGCCUUAAUUGAUGCUGAGCUUUUGAGGGAGUCUGGUAUAAGAAAAUCUACCAAUAUUCUGGUAGGGAACCUUACUCGGACUUUAUUGUUGCUUCAGCUACUGAGCCAGGAAGCUCAAAUUGUCAAUAAUGGAGCCGAGAUUUGGUUUCCUCAGGCUGUAUCGAAGCUGUUAACUGCAUUGCAACAUGAUAUUUUUGCUCAGCUAUUAAAGGGUUUAGGCGUUGAUACAUUUCUCAAACUAUCUGAAGUGACUUCCAAGAGAUUAGGUGCUAUAAGGCAUUUUGUAGGCAUUGCCACACUUAGAAUCUACGGAAUUCAGAGCAUACCUCAUAACUUGACCCAAGAGCCGGUGCUUGAACUGAUAUCGAGAGUCUUGUUCCGCACCAAGUUUGUCGCCAAUAAAAAGAGGUUCGAGUCGUUAACUUUGACGUUCUUACUACCGCUCAUCAUCAAAGUAUUAGAGGACGGUAGAAGGGUUGCUGUGAAAAAUGCUGGGAAACCCUUGGUUAAGAGUGAAUUCAUUGAAGAGGACAAGGAAGAGGAGCAUCUCCUGUUGGCUAUGGACAUUAUUUCGAGCCAUGCAGAAUCGUUUGCUGACCCUGCAAUCCCCAGACGGCACAUUUUGGAAGUGCUACUGUCACUAUUAUCGGUAGCAUCCAAAGCAAGGUCUGCCAAAGAGUGCUUCCUCGCCUUGUGCCAAAACAUAUCUUAUGCUCCUAGUAAAGAUGAUUUGGACUUGAUCCUUGGAAAUUUAAUGUCGGCCAACCAGUUCGUCAGAGCAACAGUACUCGAAGCUGUUGAUGACGAAUUUGACUUGGCUCCUCACAUGAACUUUUCCUCCGAGGUUUUUAUUAUGAUGCAAGAUGCGAGUGAAACCAACAGGGAAACUGCCGCAGUCAUUUGGCAGGUGAACUCAUUCAGCAUCACAGAAGAGUUGAUUGAAAGUUUAUUUGAUUUUUUUGCUCAAGAAGACAGCGGAUUACGUUUGUUUGUUGCCCAAGCUUUUGCAACAGCUUUACAAGUUUUGACGAGCCAAUCGGCUGACUUGUUCGGCAAAUACCUUAACAAGCUCACAAGUUUUUAUCUACUUAAAGCUCGCAUCCCUGAACCUAUUAUAGAUGAGUAUGGGCUAGUUGUUGUCUCAUCGGAAGCCCAAAAGGAUGCUUGGGAGGAACGGAGCACUGCAGCAAUUGCUUUCAAAGAAAGUAGCGAGAUAUUUCCUGACGAGAGCGAGUGGCCUGUCGAGUUUGUCAAGUUUUUGGUGAACAGCGAAGCCUUGGGUGAUCGCGAGAGUUUGGUAAGACAAGAAAUGAAGGAGGCUGGUAUUGAGAUUAUUGCUAGACAUGGCUCCCGUAAUGUUGAGAGUUUGAUUCCAAUUUUUGAGGAAGGGUUGACGACUACGAGAGAUGUCGCAAUCAAGGAGAAUAUCAUUAUAUUAUAUGGUACUUUGGCCAGGCAUUUGCCAGCACAAGACCCAAGGGUAACAACUAUUGUCGAGAGGCUUCUUGCUACCCUUGAAACUCCCUCCGAAGAAGUACAACAAGCUGUAUCGGUUUGUAUUUCGCCGUUGGUUGACCUUCUUGGACCCGCAGCUGAGUCAUAUCUGAGGAACACCUUGCAAAUAUUACUAAAUCCAGAAGUUAAACUUCAUUCUAGAAGAGGGGCUGCAUGGGGUUUAGCGGGUUUGGUAAAGGGAUUUGGAAUAAGCGCUCUGGCUAAAUUUGAUAUCAUUCGUGAUUUAAUGGACGCUUCGGAGGAUAAAAAAAAUGCUCAAAGGCGAGAAUCGGUUGCGUUUGCUUUCGAGUGUCUCUCCAAGGCUUUAGGAAAGUUCUUCGAACCUUACGUUAUCGAAGUUUUGCCCAAUAUUUUGAAAAACCUGGGAGACUCAGUUCCAGAGGUGAGAAACGCUACUGCUAACGCAACAAAGUUUAUCAUGUCCAACACUACCGGUUUUGGGGUAAAGAAACUAAUUCCUGUGGCUGUCAGCAAUCUAGAUGAAAUUUCGUGGAGAACCAAGAGAGGCUCUGUUGAAUUACUGGGUAACAUGGCUUAUCUGGAUCCUGCGCAACUUUCUGCCUCGUUGUCCAGUAUUGUGCCUGAGAUUGUUGCGGUCUUGAAUGAUUCACAUAAAGAAGUUCGCAAGGCCGCCGAUCAGUCUUUAAAUCGUUUCGGCGAAGUAAUCAGGAAUCCUGAAAUCCAAAAAUUAGUGCCUAUUCUAAUAAAGGCAAUCGGCGAUCCAACAAAGCACACUGAAGACGCGUUAGACGCUUUAAUUCAAACCCAGUUUGUUCAUUAUAUCGACGGACCUUCUCUCGCGCUCAUUAUUCAUGUUAUUCACAGAGGUAUGCGUGAAAGAUCUGCCAAUACGAAGCGCAAGGCUUGCAAAAUUGUUGGUAAUAUGGCUAUUCUUGUAGAUGCAAAUGAUUUGGUUCCCUAUUUGCAGCAACUAGUGGAUGAGGUUGAGACCGCUAUGGUUGAUCCCGUACCAAGCACCAGAGCAACAGCCGCGCGAGCUUUGGGUGCUUUGGUUGAGAGACUGGGUGAAGAGCAAUUCCCUAACCUUGUUUCUCGUCUAAUGGAAACUUUGAGCGACGACAGCAAGACAGGAGACCGCCUAGGUUCAGCCCAAGCACUUUCGGAGGUUAUAAGUGGUCUCGGACUGUCGAAACUUGACGAAAUGCUACCCUCCAUCAUGGCUGGCGUUACAAAUUUCAAAUCUUAUAUUCGUGCAGGUUUCAUGCCUUUGCUGCUAUUUUUGCCAGUGUGUUUUGGUGCUCAGUUUGCCCCCUACGUCAGCCAAAUCAUUCAGCCGAUUUUAGCAGGAUUAGCUGACCCUGACGAGAGCAUCUCAGACACAUCCUUGAAAGCUGGUAAGUUGAUUGUGAAAAACUACGCAACCAAAGCAAUCGACCUGCUACUUCCAGAAUUGGAGCAAGGUAUGUUUGAUGAGAAUGAACGGAUUAGACUGUCAUCUGUUCAACUGACCAGUGAUCUCUUGUUUCAAGUAACAGGCAUCUCGUCCAAAAACGAAUUUGACGAUGAAGAAGGCGAUGUCAACCACGAAGUCACAAAGCAACUUCUUGAAGUUUUGGGCCCAGAGCGUAGAGAUCGCAUUUUCUCUUCUCUCUUUGUUUGCAGAUCUGAUACAUCAGGUGUUGUUCGUGCAACUACGGUAGAUGUUUGGAAGGCUCUUGUUCCGAACACUCCGCGUACAGUCAAGGAGAUUUUGCCUACCCUCAUUAACAUCAUUGUGGUCAACUUAGCAUCCACAUCUGCUACUUUGCGGCACAUUGCAGCUCAAACACUUGGUGACCUGGUGAGGCGUGUAGGCGGCAACGCCUUGUCCCAGUUGCUACCAACGCUGGAAGCUUCCUUGGCCGAAAAUCGUGGUUCUGACUCCAAGCAAGGUGUCUGUAUAGCUCUAUGUGAGCUCAUUCAAUCUUCAACACCCGAAUCGUUGGUUGAGUAUCAGAAUGUCAUAGUCAACAUAAUUCGCAGUACUCUUGUUGAUGAUGAUAUUGUUGUUAGAGAGUCUGCAGCAUUAUGCUUUGACGCAUUCCAAGAAGUCUUUGGGAAUACUGCCGUUGAUGAAAUAAUACCUCAUCUACUCAACAUGUUGGGCUCUUCCGAUGGUUCUGAAUAUGCCCUACUUGCCUUACAGGAAAUAAUGUCCACCAAGUCUGAAAUAAUUUUCCCAAUUUUGAUUCCAACCCUGCUAUCACCACCCAUUGAUGCCUUCAGAGCCCGCGCUCUUGGAUCUCUGGCCCACGUGGCAGGCUCGGCCUUGUACAAGCGCCUUUCGAUUAUCAUCAACGCUUUGGUCAGUACACUUUCAGCGGCGGUACAAGACCAAGCAACUAAGAUUGCCUUGGAGGAAGCGUUGGAUAGUGUUCUGUGCUCUGUUGUUGAUGAUGAUGGCGUACAUCCAUUGUUGCAGCACAUUUUGAGUCUGAUGAAAGACGACAACAAAGGAAAGCGAAUCGUGAUUCUGCAACGCUUGGCGCACUUCUUUAAGGAAACUCCUCUCAACUUUGAUAUCUACAUUCCGGAACUUGUAUCCCAAUCUAUUGCCUUCUUUGAUGAUGAAGACCCUAUUGUUUUGCAAAGUGUAUUUGACGAACUCCUAGUCCUAGUUAAAAAACAGGAUAAGUCUAUGAUUGAGAAACUAAUUAAACCAGCUAGACAAGCUCUUCAGCUCACAGGAAGAGAGGAUACAGAAUUCAAAAUUUUUACGUUACCUAAGGGCCCCAGCUGUAUCUUGCCAAUAUUUUUGCACGGCCUGAUGUAUGCGUCGAAUGAGGACCGUGAGAUAUCAGCCUUGGCAAUUGCAGACGUUGUGAAGAGGACUCCAGCAGCAAAUCUCAAAGCUUUUGUUACAGUAAUUACCGGUCCACUGAUCCGGGUUGUCGGUGAACGAUUUCCAAGUGAUGUGAAGGCUGCUAUCUUGUAUGCUUUGAAUGUCUUGUUUGCGAAAAUUCCUCAAUUUUUGAGACCAUUCAUUCCUCAGUUACAAAGAACAUUCGUGAAAUCUCUGUCAGAUCCAUCGAAUGAGACCCUUCGCCUCCGUGCUGCGAAGGGUCUUGGUUCUCUGAUUGAAUAUCAGCCAAGAGUCGAUCCACUGGUGGUCGAAUUGGUUGCCGGUGCUAGACAAGCAACAGACUCUGGCGUUAAAACUGCCCUAUUGAAAGCUUUGUUGGAAAUUGUAUCUAAGGCCGGUAAACAGCUCAGUGAAACAUCUAAGAGCACAAUCGUCAACUUAGUGGAAGAACAAAUUCUGACGGUCGAUGACAAACUGGCUACUGCUUAUGCCAAAUUGAUAGGGUCUUUGUCUGGUAUAAUGACAAGGGAGGAGGCUGAGGCUAUUUUAAAUGAUAAAGUGUUAGACGUUGAUAUCGGAAGCGACUCAGGUCGCUUUGCUAUCUUAACUUUAAAUUCCUUCCUAAGGGAUGCACCCGCACAUAUACUUCAAUCACAGUUUUUGAAGGAAUUUGUUGAGUACUUGGUAGGCGCUGCAGGUUCCACGGUCCCAUAUGUUUCUGAUAACGCCCUAACUGCUAUUGGUAAACUCCUCCUUCUAGUAGGUGAAAAGAGAUCGCCAUAUUCUGUCAAGGUUAGUGAAACGGCAUUUGAGCUGGAUGAAGAACACGUCAGGAGCCUCAUUGGUAUUUUGACUAGAGACAUGUUACGUCCGUCCAGCAAUUCCCAGGAUUCAAGAAGAAUGAGUUUGGUAGUUGUGAGAACGUUGGCCAGGUUUAAAUAUGAGGAAUGUAUUAGACCCUACCACGACGAGUUAGGGCCUUCUGUGUUUUCCUGUCUGCGUGAUGUUAUUAUUCCCGUUAAGCUAGCUGCGGAGAAGGCAUAUUUGGCAAUUUUCAACAUGGUAGAAGAGGCCGACCUAAGUUCUUUCGAAGGCUGGUUCUCUGGCCUAACUGGCACUACGAUUGAAAACAGCGUGGGUGACUCGAUCCAACUGAGGUCCAUUGGUGACUACACGAAGCGGGUGGCUAAGCGAUUAGCGGGCGUCGAAAGAGAAAGAAUAGCGGCUGGUGGUGAUUUAGAAACUGUAUUUUCGGAUAGACUCGAAGACGAAUCUGAAAUCUGGGCAGUGGGAGGCGUCGAGAUGAUUAGGGAGGCAUAG